CAAGAAACAGCCACACUCAGAAACACUUGGAGUUACUGAAAUACUACGGUCUGCUGGAUUUUCACUUUUCAACCUUUGAAAGACGAAUCAAGUAUGUGUAAAGGAUUAGCUGCUUUACCGCAGACCUGCCUUGUGAGGGCCAAGGAGAUCAAGUCUAAGUUGGGAGUGUUGCUGCAGAAGCCCGAUCAGAAUGCCAUAGACCUGAUCAUCCCCUAUCCGGAGAAAACCGAGAAGAAACCGGAGAAGCUGCAAAAGCCGACUGCAGAAGAAAUUGCUGAAUGGCGGGAGUGCCUGGACCAUGUGUUGACCAGCAAUUAUGGUGUGCAUGCCUUCCGUACCUUCCUGCAGUCUGAGUUCAGUGAGGAGAACAUUGAGUUCUGGGUGGCGUGUGAGGACUUCAAGAAGACCAAGAACCCAGUCAAGAUGGCCGCCAAGGCCAAGAAGAUCUACGAGGAUUUCAUCCAGGCUGAGGGACCAAGAGAGGUCAACAUUGACCAUGUCACCAAGGACGUAACCCUGAGAAACCUGGUGGACCUCUCCCCGGCGACCUUUGACCUGGCCCAAAAGAGGAUCUUUGCCCUGAUGGAGAAGGACUCCUUCGGGCGCUUCCUGCGGUCCGAGCAGUACCAGGAGAUCCUGGUCAACUAAAGCCUAUCCAUCUCGGUGGAAGGAGUAUUAAAUUCACUAUUAAGCUUGGAUUUGGUUUUAAAGGUAAAAGCUGAUUAAAACCCUGAUUAACAUUAAGAUGUUAUAUAGUCAUUUUGGUUGGAUGGAUAAUGCAUGGGCUUUGAACAUCCCCCCCCUUCCCCCACCCUAGAAUCGUUCUGAAAUGAUCUUCAUCUGUAUGGGUAUCAUUUUGUUUUAUUACAAGGAAAAACACAAGGAGGAAAAUUCCACCACAAUUUGGCCUUCGGAAAAAUGAAUCUUUAGAGUGUCUACAGAUUCAACAUGUAGAUAAGAAAAAAAAGGUUUUUAUUGAAAGCAGUUAAUCAAGAUUACAUUCCUUAACAUGAAGAAAAAGUUCUCUCUCUCUAUUUGUCAUUGUAAUGGCCUUGAUAGUUUAAAUAAUAUGUUGAAAACGACAACACUAACACUUUAUGUUUACCACAUGACAUGACAUUUAAGUUUAACUAGGACUAGGCACACAGUGAUGAGGAAAACAAGAUAGAAUACACAAAUGCUGUGGUAAGACCUAAACAUCAUCCAAAAACUAAGCAUAUUGGCAAAGGUCUUUGGACCUUUUCUCUGGUAUUUCCAGAGCAAUUCACUGUCAAAUUAAUCCACAGUGAAUAUGUGCAUUGACCCGCUUCCAGUAAUAUUUCAAUAUUUGAUUUAUUCAUCAAAGCUAGGUUAUGUCUCUCUCACAGGCACACACACACACACACACACACACACACACACACACACACACACACACACACACACACACACACACACACACACACACACACACACACACACACACACACACACACACGCACACACACCCACAAACACACAGAAAGACAUGACCCACAAAAACAUGAAGUUGAGUCAGUAUGUUGUGUUGUGUGGAACCAAGAGGCUUUGGGUUCCAGAGAACUUCCCAGGUCAUGGGAAUGGGCAGUUGGUCAUCAUCUUGAUGGUUAGGCACCUUGGUUACCAGCGAGAGGGGAGUCUUCCAGUAUUUUGCAAGUUGCUAACAAGUGGGUGGAGAGUGAGUGCUAAGAAAAGCUUUCACAUAUACAACCAAAGUUCGUUUCCCCUUUAAAUAGUAUAUCUUCGUCUCGUUAUAGAUAUCCUGGUAAGGUUUCAGACUAUUCUUUCUCAUAAAAGCAAUAAAACUGCCAUGGUUUCUAACUUAAUACCAAUAGAUCCUAUGUCUUCCGAGCCCCGUUUGAAAGAAAAAAACGUAGUCUCUUUUCUUUAAAUCUAUAAGUCUUCAUAUAGGUUUAAACAGCAUGGAUAAUUAACUUAUAUUAUUAUAAAGAAAACACGUUUAUUUUCGCAAAUAGCACCAUUUGUUAUUAUAUAUGACAACCGCAUUCAUUAUCAUCAUAGAUCUGAUUUAUCAUCCAGGAGAACACAAUCUUAUAAUCACAAGUAGUAACCUUUCAAGCACUGCUUAUCACCAAGAACCAAGGAACAAUGGCUCUAUAGAGAUGUUCCUGUGUGGUUAGAUUAAUAACACAAUUUUAAUGAUAUAAUUUGAGUGUAAUGAUAAAAUCUCUGCAUGUUUCAAUUAGAUUUAUCACAAGGGCACCCAGUCCAUGCUAUCAUACCCCAAUACAAGUGUAUCAACAUUUCUAAGUGACCUAAACAGACCUAAAAAAAAACCUGCAUUUUAUCAUUUUAAUAUUAAGUGUGGAAACAGUGAUGCAUAAAAAGGAACCAUCUGAAUGUGAACAGUGUAAGAGUAUUUCAAGUUAAUUGAAAUGGAAUUUGGAAUUUGAAGAGUUCAGGAUUUGACAGGACACUGAUUGACCAGUCUAGUGUCCAAUCUUGAGAAUACUUUUUUAAGAUGAAUUCAUUUUCCAUGCUGGGAAUGAUCAUAAUAUAGACUCUACCUGUACGUAUUGAAGUAAAUUACAUAAAAAAUUACCAAAAAUGCAAACAA